GUCCUUCCCCAUGUUCCGCCAUGCUUCGGCUGGCCGUGGCAUGCUUGGUAGUGGCAGAUGGACGACCGACUGCUGCCAGGACGUUGCUGAGGGUCGAUGACUUCAGGACUGAACUGCCUCUCUCAGUUGCGUCCAGUACAUUGCUUCAGCCUCCAGCGGAUGGUUAUUCACAGCUGGUCGACAGGGAGGAGUUGACGGUGAAGAAGGGCGAUGCCAUGGCCUUCUGCGGGGUGCUGGGCUUCGGCAUGCUGGCCUUCUAUGCCGUGCAGCAGGGCUUGAUCCCCGAGCUGCGCACUCGCACUUGGCGACUGCUGAGUGGCACGGGAUCCCUGUUCAUCACCGUGUUGCUGUUCAUGGCCAUGAAGAAGUCCUGGAAGCUGCGCGCGGGUGCAUCAACGCAAGAGAGUAGACUCUAUGCGGAUAUCUUCAGCUGUGUGAGAUUCUUGAUCCUCCUGUUCGGUGUACCAGCGCUUCUGCGGUGGCGGGAUAAUGCUGCAUUGCGAAUUCUGGGCACUCACUUAAUAGGUUUCGCCGGCGCGGACGCCUUUGCAGAUGUCCUGCGAAGAGAUCCCUUCGCGCUCCAUGCAGGGUACUACUUGCUGGGUGUCAUCUCCAUGGUUCUACUGCUUCUGUGUUUGCUGUUCACCUGCAAGAAAUUGAGGGGCGCAUGGCAAGAGUAUGAUGAGAGCAAGGAGCGGCAGGAACACGAGGCCACUGGUUUCAUCAUUGGCUUCCUCAUCUCCAUGUUUGUGCGUUUCGCCAUCACCGGGUCUUUGCCUGGCAGCAAAAAAGCGGGCGGCAUCAGAUUGACACACUUGAUCUGGAUGAUGGCGGUGACUGGAACCUCAAUGAAACUCUACGUCAUGACGUCAUUUCUGAGUGCGAAGGUCAACGCAGCAGAGCGGUCAGUGUGGUUUCAACGUAGCUUGAAGAUCGGCAAAGAGUCCUGCGCGAUGACCAUGGCCUGGAUGAUUUUCUAUUUUGUGCAAUGGUUCUUUUGGCACAUCUAUGCAGUGGAUCUCACCGUUGAGGCUGGAAAGUACAGCACCGCCUUGAGUGUUGCGGUGACGCUUUCUGGGCUGGUCAUGCUGACAUUGUUGGUGGCCACCUUUGUAGCGCAAAAGCUGGGAAGAAGCACUCUGAGUCUCACGGAGUUGGACAACGUCUUCUCGCUCCAAACGGCUUUCGCUUGGGAGAUGGCCUUCUAUGCCGUGAGUGUCUCAGGCGUCACUUCAGGUAUUGAAGAUGCAACUGCCAAAGCCUUGAGCGGAGUUAUGUGGAUCGUGUUUUUGCUGUUUCUGGUGGUGCCACCUUGGUAUCUUCACAUGGUGCCAAAGGUGGCUGAAGAGAACAAAUCGCCGCAGGAUGAGAAGGCCGAUGCGGAGGCUAAAGCGUCCCCUGAAUCCAAGAGCGAAGCAGAAGCCAAGGCACCGGCCGCUGGCGCGGCUGCGGUGCCUCCUGCCCCGACGCCAGCAGCUUCCGCUGCUGCAGCGGCUGCUCCUGCGGCGCCGACACCGGCGCCUGCGCCAGCAGCUCCGGAUGUCAAGCCGCCGGCGGCAGAGG